AUGGUCUCCUUGGCAGGGCCCUACAACCAGGUAGAGGGAACGCUUCCCACAACCAGCCGCCGCGGAAGGUCCAAUAAAAUGCCUCAACCACUGGAGCCUGCCUGUGUCACUACUGCCUAUCCCUGCCUUCCCUGUCAGAGCCUGGGCCUCCCACUGCGACCACUUCAGCGGUGGAAAAUGGGGAGAGACACUUACAGUAGCUCCCACGGGCUAUUCCGCAGGGGAAGGACGCCCCUGACGUUCUCGCCUCCAGCCUCCAUCCUGCCGCUGUGGUGUGAGAGGGUGAAUCCAGAGAACAAGGCGGCGCUGGAGGCGUGGGUCAGGGAGACUGGCAUCCGCCUGGUGCAGGUGAACGGGCAGAGGAAGUAUGGCGGGCCACCCCCAGGAUGGGUGGGCAGCCCGCCGCCGGCCGGGUCAGAAGUAUUUAUCGGGCGGCUGCCCCAGGACGUGUACGAGCACCAGCUGAUCCCACUGUUCCAGCGCGUGGGCCGCCUCUACGAGUUCCGCCUGAUGAUGACCUUCAGCGGCCUGAACCGCGGCUUCGCUUACGCCCGCUACAGCUCGCGACGCGGCGCCCAGGCCGCCAUCUCCACGCUGCACAACCACCCGCUGCGGCCGUCCUGCCCGCUGCUCGUGUGCCGCAGCACGGAGAAGUGCGAGCUGAGUGUGGACGGGUUGCCGCCGGGCCUGAGCCGCCGCGCGCUGCUGCUCGCGCUGCAGCCGCUGGGACCCGGCCUGCAGGAGGCGCUGCUGCUGCCCAGCCCCGGGCCGGCGACCGCGCAGAUGGCACUGCUCAAGUUCAGCUCUCACCGCGCCGCAGCCAUGGCCAAAAAGGCCCUGGUGGAAGGGCAGUCACGCCUCUGUGGAGAACAGGUGGCCGUGGAGUGGCUUAAGCCAGACCUGAAGCAGCGACUCCGCCAGCAGCUCAUGGGUCCCUCUCUACAGUGCCUACAGCCAGAGGGCAGCCAAGUAGCCCUGGCCAGGGACAAGGGGCUGGAGUCCCAAGGGGCUCGGGCUGCCCUGCAGCUGCUGUGCCAACGGAUGAAGUUGGGCAGCCCACUGUUCCUCACCAAGUGUUUGGGCACAGGCUCUGCUGGCUGGCACCGAUUCUGGUACCAGGUGGUGAUCCCUGGGCAUCCAGUGCCCUUCAGUGGCCUCAUCUGGGUUGUGCUGGCCCCCAGUGGGCAGGAUGGGCAUGAGGUGGCCAAGGAUGCUGUGUCUGCACGGCUGCUGGAAGCUGAGUCUGGGGCCAGCCUCCUGCGGUCUGCUGGGGCUGAGGCAGGAGGUACCACGGUUCAGCAGUGACCUAAUCCUCUCCCCAGGCAGCCUGGAUGAGUAGGCAGAGCCUGGGUCAGUCCCUGGCCCAGCAGGCCUGGGCAGCUGCUAUCUGAUCCCAAGAAGGGGAGGAGCAUGGGCCCUGCCCUAGGCCUGACACAGCCUCCCAGCUGAGGCAGGGCCCACAGCACCUCCGGGCAGCUCAAGUUUGGCUAAGUUGUGGUGAGGGAGCUUCCCUU